CUUCGCCAAAGAGAUAACGAAUGACAGUAAUCAGGUUGAUGCCAAGACUGAAACUUGGGCCACGAAUUGACGCAGUAUCUCUUAUUAUUUUUUUUUAUGUCAGUAAUGUUAUGUACAUUGUAAUAGUCUUCUGCAGAAUCAGGCGGCGCAGUGACCGUUUUGUGGAAAAGACUUGCGUGUUUCUUACAAUUGUCAUGAACCAUUGAUGCAUGCUCCUUCUCUUCCUCUUCCUCUCUCAUUCAUAUUCUGUCAUUCAUAUUCUAAUAUUUGAUAAUUAAUCAGGAAUUACUUUCAUCAAGAACUCAAUGUCAAAUCUACAACAGCCGCCUCCAGAGGCAGCAACAGCCUCAAAUAGCCCAACCAACGUUCUCGACUGUGACUCAGUCUUGACACUGCUUCAGACGAUACUUCCCAAGUCUAGCACGGCCAGUGAGACUAACACUGAAGCAUCAUCAACAGCGUCUGAGCCCCAGAAUGUCCCUAUUACCAUUCUCAGUAGCCCUUACGAGGGCCUCGCAGCACUUUCUCACGCAUUAAUGACUGCGGUUGGGUUCAGGCUGGUUGGACUUGGUGAAGACGAUACCCUUGAGCCUAGUCGUAAGAGUAUUGAAGAUCUCUCGAAAGCCAACGAACUACCUGAACGAUGGAACACAUCCAAGGAGAGCUACUCUUUCAGAUACACCCAUUCCAAUUCACAACUCACUUAUCUUAUCAAAUGUAUGCGUUUGGCAGGCAAACUUGUUAUUCAUGGAACUACUAUCGAGACCAAUAAAAUCUGCUCAUUAGAGCUUGAUGUCAAGGACUUUACCUCGCCUUCUUAUUUUCCAUAUACAACUGCCACAGACUUGAGUAGAGAUCCAUUAUGGAAUGCUUUCCUCUCACGUUCCAGGACCAACGACCUUAUAGGACAAUUUAAAAUUAAGAUGAUUCAACAGCUCAUCCCUGGAUUAUCAAAACCUGGUUAUCAGGAGGAACAACCAGCAACCAACACUAACACUAACACCGAUACUAGCACUAGCAGCAGGGGUGACAGUAGCGGUAAUAGUAGCAGCACACCAACAAGCGGCGGUCCUGCUGGAUAUGGGCCUGGUAUUUAUCGAGAUGAUCCAUCUACAUUCCCAGGAAUCGGCGGGGGUGUUCCUUUGCCAGGACGACCAGGCUUUGUGCCACGACCACCCAUAUUCGGAGACCCUUUUUCGGCGGAAGACCCAGACUCCAUGGGCUUUGGGGGGGGCCUUGGUGGCUUUGGAGGAGGUCGGCAUAAUCCUUUUGAGAUAGGAAGAAGCGAUUUAGAUCCUUUUGCGGGACGCCAUGGUGGAGGAGGGUUUGGAGGUGGCGGUAUGGUUGUGGGACCUAACCAUCCCAUGUUCGGAAGACCAGCCCCAGGUCCUAGCAGCGGGAGUGGAAUCUAUGGCGGACCUCAACCAUUGCCGCGCGGAUCUGUCCCGCCAGGAGCCAGGUUCGAUCCUAUUGGACCAUUCGGUCCUGGGGGCGGAAUAGGUGGUCCGCCUGGCGCUGGAACUGCCCAUCGAGGGCCAGGGUUUGGAAGAGGCCGUGGUGCUGGACCUGGAUCUAGUUUCCUUGGAGAGCCAGACAACGAUGAUGCUCCUCCACCAGGAUACAUGGACAUGUACAUGUAAAUAUUGUCAAAUAAAGAAGCAUCGCUCUAUAUAGUAGUAGUAUGCUCUAUAUGUUUCUAUCCCAAUGCUUUUGAGCGUCUUUUUAGUCAACCGUCUCACGAUCCUCUUGGAAAGCAUCCACCUAUCAAUUG